UCUAUCCCUCCCAUGUGUUUCACCGGCGGUAGCCGCAGUGACUUCGUCCACGAGCGGGACACUAUGCAGAUCUUUUCAAUCAAAGUCGAGGCGAUAAGAGGGGGCUUGCAGUGGCCACUGAACGUGUACGGCAUGGUCGCCGCCCGUGACGUGGUGGAUCACAAUCGUAAUAUCAUCUUCCAUCGCGAAAGAGACAACUGCCAAAGAAUCACCGAGGAGGAUCCUUACCUUGCACUAACAGGCCCCACUCGCGCUAUCUUGUUGUCCGUCGACCCUACAUACGUCGAGGUUGAUCUGAAGGUGAAAGGUGCACUCAAAUUAGAGGAUAAACAUUUAAGCUCUCUCGCACUCGCGUACAGAAACGAUGGCCCAUCGAGAUCCUACAUGAUGCAUCGUAAUAAUACCACCAGCAAGCUUAGCAAGCUAGAGUUGGCUGUGGCACACAUCAUGGACUCCGUGGAGGCCACGAUCAGAGUGGAAGUCAUCAAUGGCGAUUGGCCACGUGGUUUUCGAGGUAUCUUCACUGCCAACACCGCAAGUAUGGAUGACAUGAAAGCCACCUUGCUCGCUUUUGGAGAUGGUAGAUUACCAAUGGACGGUCGUAGCAAGGUCGUCAAGCUUUCACGUCGUGUUGUCUCCGUCGAACUUCGUCGGCCAGAAAUGGAAAAGGGUAAGAAGCCAAAGCUCAAGAUUUCAGCGCAAGCACUGCGUAUCAACAAGGAAAAUGAUAUGUGGAGACAUGGCCUGGUUUUUACACCCGAGCAAGCCGGCAAAAGUCGGGGGACGCUCAAGGUUGGCUCCUGCGAGAUGGAGGUGACCGUAGCAUGGUCCCUUCUCUCGACCUUCAAGUGUAGCUAUGAUAGACGAGGAUGAGCAUGUCUCAAGUCAUUUGAAACAACAAUUGCGGACACGAUCUCGCAACAAGUUACAAUUAUUCUUAUUCAACUAUAGUUGUUUUCCA